UGACAUGCCACUGCAGCUUCAUAAAAAAAUAUAUCGUAUAUCAAUACAAGCAGUUGUUUGGUACCUUUUGUUUUGAUUACGAGAUUUUGUCACUUGCAACUUAUUUUCGAAAUUGUGAAAUUAUAGAAAUGGCUUUCGUGUUGCGCCAACUGGCAAAACCUACCCUCCAAAGAAAUUUGUUGGUAUCGACGUCCUCACUGCGCUAUGCCGCCAAAGACGCCGCCUCCAAAGCUCCGGCAGCAAUCGCACCCAGCAUGACAAACCCACAACAGCAGCUGAUAGUGAGCGAUAGCUGCCUGAAACGUUUGCGUGAGAUCUGUCUGGACGGCUCCUUUCUGCGCAUCACCGUCGAGGGCGGCGGCUGUUCAGGAUUCCAGUAUAAAUUUGAUUUGGACACAAAGAUGAACGAAGACGAUCUACAGUUUGGGGAGGAGAAGGCAAAAGUGGUCAUUGACACAAUAUCGCUGGAUUAUUGCAGUGGGGCAACAAUAGAUUAUCAUAGCGAACUAAUUAGAGCGGGAUUUCGCAUGGUGGCCAAUCCGCAAGCAGAAAUGGGCUGCUCCUGUGGCUCGUCGUUCGCAAUUAAAUUGUAAUUAACAUA